AAAACGUCCAUGUAAACAAAACGAAAGAGACGAGAAAGAAUCUUGCCUGGCUGUCUAUACUGAAGGGAAAGUGGAUUAAUGACGAAGACAUUUGGCCAUACCUGUAAGGAAAGAGAAUAUCCUGGUCUUCCAAUAAUAAGCUGCAAGAAAAAUGAUUAAUGACUCACUUGACAUCAAGGAUGAAAUUGAGGAGAUUAACACCCUUCCCCCACACUUCAAAUCUGAAGACUUUGUGGAUAUCAAAGAGGAAUGCUUCAUUGAAACUAAGAAAAGACACUACACCUCACUUAUUGAGGCUGGGCUUUCCACAAUGGAUGAAGAGGAGGAGAAACUUUGGGAGAUUGAGGGAGAGCUUCUUGAGGUUAAGGAAGAACUGCUAGAAAUAGAGGAAGAGGUUGUGGAAGAUAAGGACUUCCAGGAAGACAGUUGUUCUUUUGUACAGUAUCUUGGUAAGGAAGACAUGCAGAGUUGUGAGGAGCUCUCUUGUGCUCUGGAAGACAUUGAAGAGUCAGCCAAAGAGCCAUUCAAAUGCAGUACUUGUAGGAAGACAUUUUCAAACGAGUCGAAGUGGACCAGCCAUAUUAAGAGAUGCAAGACAGAAAAAACAUUCACUUGUGAUAUUUGUGGUAAAGGCUUUGCUCAAAAGGGAGGUAUUAUUUUGCAUAUUAGGACACACACAGGGGAAAGGCCCUAUGGCUGUGAGAAAUGUGGGAAGAAGUUUCCACAUACAGGUGAUUUAGCAAGGCACAUGAGGGUUCACACUGGAGAAAGACCUUAUAUAUGUGAGGUAUGUGGAGCCAGCUUUUCAAAUAUAAGCUCUUGCAAAAGGCACUUGAGAACACACACAGGUGAAAAACCAUUUACCUGUGACCUGUGUGGCAAGGACUUCCGGCACAAAAGCACACGGAACAGACACAUGAGGGCACACACAGGAGAAAAGAAUUUUAGCUGUGAGAUAUGUAAAAAAAUGUUUGGUGAGAAAGGUGAUGUUGUAAAGCACAUGAAAGUCCACACAGGUCAAAAGGACUUUUGCUGUAAAAUUUGUGGUUUUAAGUUCUACAUACAACGUGACCUGGAAAGGCACAUGAGGAUUCAUACAAGAGAAAAGCCUUUUAGCUGUUCCAUAUGUGGUAAUAAAUUUUCAAUAAAGAGCAACAUGUUGAAGCAUAUUAGAGGACAUAAAAUUCAGUGAUGGAAACUUGUGACAAGAAGUACAUACAAAUUUAUAAAUACAGUGUAUUGUUAAAUAUGUACAGUAGCCUAUUUGGUAAAGGGCAGUGAUAAAGUUUGUCUAUUCCUUUUACUGAAUAUUUUAUUAAAAUGAACUGUAGUUUAUGUGAGAAAUGCAUUUAUAUAUUAUUAGUGUGUGUGUGUGUGGGUGUGG